AUGAGCACUGCGACAGAUGAUCGAGAAAGAAAGGAAGCCGCCACCCUUUUCGCCAGAGUGAUUAUCCGAGUUGUGUUCGAUCUCUUGUGGACUAUCUGGGGUCUCUGUCUGAUCUACUCGUUCUACUCAUAUCUCAGGGAUCGCCAGUUGUGGUUGGAGGGUCGUGAAACCUGCAUGCCAAAAGUGCCCCAUCCACAUGAUAUGGAAAGUGCUCCAAUGUAUGAGCCU